AUGUGGCUGUGCCGACACAUCUGCAAGGGCCGUAUCUUCUGUGCCCUGUGUCCCGCCACCACCACGAGCACCAGCACCACCACGACGGCGAAGCCGGAAGCCGGCCCCCCCGCCGCCCCUGCCGGCGGUCCAGCCGCCGCCCCCGGUGCCGCCCCCGGCGCCGCCCCCGCAGCCGCCCCCGCAGCCGCCCCCGGCGCCGCCCCCGCAGCCGCUCCAGCCAGCAAUGCCACGGCCACGGGAAAGUGGAAUAGAGGAAUGAAAAAUAAAUGGGCAUCUGUUCGUGACCAACUAAGGAAGACCGUGCAGAAAAGGAAAACUGUUUCAGGACAAGCUGCAGUUCAUCAACAUAAAUACAAGUAUGAAGAUCUCUUAACGUUCCUGCUACCUUACAUGGUAGAACGAGAAACAGUUUCCAAUGUUCCUUACACGCAAGACAAUAAUGAGCAUAAACAAGAAUCAAAUACAGAUUCCCAAGAGGAGCAGUCUAUUGUUGAAAACGAAAAAGAGUCUAUGCAAGAAGACAUUGCAGAUGAAGAAUGGAUCAUUAAAACCCAGGAUAGUGAAACAGAGAAUUUGAUAGAGCGCACUUGGCAUUCCCAGACGCCCUCAGCUCAUUCGUCCGUCACUUCAAAGAAGAACACGUUUAUGAAACCACCACUGAAACGAAAAUUUCAGCGUGAGGUUAAACCACAAGAAUCUGCAUCAAGCCAGCUCAUGUCUUACAUUUUGGCAGAAAAAAAAUCUGAAAAACAGAGAGAUAUACAAAACCCAAUUGAUGCUUUUUUGGCUGGUAUAGCACCAGCCCUAAAAUCGUUGCAUCCACUACUUUUUCAUCAAGCUAAAAGUAGGAAUUUUUCAAUUGUACAAGACUUUGAACUGAAGCAACUCAUGAAUGACGUAUCAGUCCAUCAAUUCACUCCAUCAUCCUCCAAUUCCUCAGCAAAAUCUGUUUCAACACCAUAUCCUUCACCUGUGGAAAACGAGUCAACAGAAACUACACAGCAGCUUUUGGAUCUGCAAAGGGAUUCGCACAAUUCGUAUAUAAAUAACCAAAGCCAUCAUCCUCCAAGUUCCCCUGCAUCCUCAUCAGCUUCAGAAACUAAUUCACUGAAUAGUCCUCAUUUGUUUUUCUUAGGGUAG